GAGGACUCCUCAGCUAAGCCGUCCUUUGUAAUUUAUCCCUGCUCAACAACUGAGACUGCCACCUAGCAUCACAACUGUAAACGCGCACUGAAGUUUAAGGAUCUCAUCUGAAUCAUGGGGAACAUUUUCGGGAAUUUGCUGAAGAGCCUCAUUGGAAAGAAGGAGAUGAGGAUCUUGAUGGUGGGGCUCGACGCUGCAGGAAAAACAACGAUUCUCUACAAGCUCAAGCUUGGGGAAAUAGUCACCACAAUCCCAACAAUCGGGUUUAAUGUGGAGACAGUGGAGUACAAGAACAUCAGCUUCACUGUGUGGGAUGUGGGUGGGCAGGACAAGAUCCGCCCCCUCUGGAGACAUUACUUUCAAAACACACAGGGUCUAAUCUUUGUGGUGGACAGUAAUGACAGAGAGCGUGUGAAUGAAGCGCGAGAGGAGCUGAUGAGGAUGCUUGCUGAGGAUGAGCUGAGGGAUGCGGUCCUCCUUGUGUUUGCCAAUAAACAGGACUUACCGAACGCCAUGAACGCUGCUGAGAUCACGGACAAGUUGGGCUUACACUCCCUGCGCCACCGUAACUGGUACAUCCAGGCCACCUGCGCCACCAGCGGUGACGGCCUCUAUGAGGGUCUUGAUUGGCUGGCCAAUCAACUCAAGAACAAGAAAUAAGAGGAAAUGGCUGGAAACAGCAGCCGACAGCCACACCCGUCCACCUUUUUAUUUGUUUUGGGGGGAUGGGGGUACGGGUUAGGCACAAGGGUUUUGGUUGAUAGGUGCAAAGCAAGAAACAGGGUCAUGGGGAGACUUUAGGCUUUCAUUUUCAGUCUGUUGAGGUUUCUAAUAGUUUUCAGCUCUUCUUGCAAACAGAUUCUCACGUACUCCAUAUUUAACCACUCACACACACAAACGCACACUAACCGUAAGCAAUCACAGCAGACGCUUGCUGCACUUCCUGUUUUUUGUUGUUGUUUUUUUCUCUCUCCUGCGGGGUAACAGAGCCAUGUUUGAGAACAAUCACAGCUGGCAGAUUCAUAUCACCAUAAUUCACUUUAAUGGUUUGCUCUUCCUUUUUAAUUUGUGAGCAAUGCUGAGGCACUUUGAUACUCAGAUAAAGUGUGUACAUGUGUACUGUAUGUGUUUGUGCAAGCAGUCCAGACAGUAUUAAUUAUGAACACGUUCUCUUACUGCCUCAUUUUGGAAAUCUUUUGAUAUCUGUGGCGUCUUUUUACUCCCCUUGUGGCAACCCGAAGCGUUGAAGCCGCCCUUUUUAAAUAUUUUAAAACGCACAACACGUUCUCGACUCCCUGACCUGCAUGCGUCCUGGUAGAUCUCGCUGACGUUGUUGCGUACCUUUCCAUCUGUGCUCUGAGCUGCAUGGAUGUUGAUGCUGUUUGUAGAUUUCCUCUAACUGCCCUGGCUGUGUUCUGGUGCUGUUUACAGUAGGAUGCAGAAACCAACCCAGCCACCACUUUCUGCUUAUUAGUUGUCAACAUGUGCUUAAAACAGUAUAGUCAGCUUUAUGGUCUUUUAAUGUGAGAGCAGUAUAUAGGUUAACCUGCACAUUAACACAACGCACACGACCUGCACAGAUGCUGCUUGUCUGCCUUUUUGUGUGUCCAAAUGAGUACUCAAACUGCAUCAGGUUGCUCUCGCUUUGUGUGUGUUUG